AACGCCCCACCCCUUUAGACCUACCCACCCCUCCGCCCUCGCCAUUUUCAUAUAUAGAAACACUUUCCUUAUAUAGGCAAAUUCAAUCAGAAGACUGACCCAAAGCGAGGAUUGUGAAGCCUCCUUUUGUCUCCAUUAACCGCAAUUUUUCCUUUCUUACUUUCUCUUCCUUUUUCUUCGGAUAAUUCUCUCCUUUUUCCUCAUAUCUAAACACUGAUUUCGUCUUCGCCGUCUUUUGCUUCUUCUCGUGAAUUCAAUUUCUCUGAGAGAGAAAGUAGAGAGACAGAGAGCGAGAUCGGCGAUGGGGAGAGGAAAGAUAGUGAUAAGAAGGAUUGACAAUUCGACGAGCAGGCAAGUAACGUUCUCGAAGAGGAGGAAUGGAUUGUUGAAGAAGGCGAAGGAGUUAGCGAUCCUUUGCGAUGCGGAGGUCGGAGUCAUCAUCUUCUCCAGCACUGCCAGACUCUACGAAUAUUCUAGCACCAGCAUGAAGCCGGUGAUUGAAAGAUACAACAAAACAAAGGAGGAGAAUCACCAACUGGCAACUCCAACUUCUGAGGUUAGGUUUUGGCAAAGGGAAGCGGCAAUGAUGAGGCAACAACUACAAAACUUGCAAGAGAAUCAUCGACAAAUGAUGGGUGAAGAGCUUUCUGGUCUGAGCGUCAAAGAUUUACAGAACUUGGAGAACCAACUGGAAAUGAGUCUCCGUGGUGUUCGUGUGAGAAAAGAUGAAAUUCUGAUUGAUGAGAUACAAGAACUAAACCGAAAGGGAAACCUCAUCCAUCAAGAAAACAUGGAACUAUAUAAGAAGGUGAACCUAAUUCGUCAAGAAAAUAUGGAAUUGUAUAAAAAGGUUUAUGGAAAUAGAGAUGCAAAUGGAGUGGGCGGAAAUGCCCUUGCUCCGAACAGUUUAAGCAUUAAUGAAGACCCCCACGCUCCUGUACAUCUCCAGCUUAGCCAGCCACAGCAACAAAACUAUGACACAUCAGGAACUACCGAAUUGGGGCUACAGCUGCAUUAGCGGGAAAUCCAGACUCGUAGAGUUUUGAGUUCUCAUGUUGAAGAAGCAGUCCGUGCUUAGAAAGCUAUGUUUUAAUUAGUAAUGGUAGUAGUGGUAUAGAACCAGGGAUGUCAGGAAAAAAUCUUCCCUUCAUAUGGUUAAUGUCAGCAAGUUUGACAAGUGUGAGGUAAUCCUUAGCACAGCUACUUAAGUCAAAAUAACAACAAAUAAAAGAAUACAUUGGCACAGUAUCUCUAAGUUCUUUAUCUUUCUGACACUUGAUGCUUAUGAUGUGUAUGCAUAUAUGCUAGGAUUAUAAUUGAUUUGACACUUUUGAAAUAAUUGUAAAUAGUUGACAACUUAAAA